UGCCCAGUUACAGGAGCCAGCCAGUGUGAGCUGCAGCUUCUUGGCUUAAGUGCUUCUACCCACCGAGAGCGGCGGAUUCCUUGGCCUACUCCAGCAAUGGCCUUCGCAAAUCUGCGGAAAGUGCUCAUCAGUGACAGCCUGGACCCUUGCUGCAGGAAGAUCCUGCAAGAUGGAGGGCUACAGGUGGUGGAGAAGCAGAACCUGAGCAAAGAGGAGCUGAUAGCCGAGCUGCAGGACUGUGAAGGCCUUAUCGUUCGCUCGGCCACCAAGGUCACCGCUGAUGUCAUCAACGCAGCUGAGAAGCUCCAGGUGGUGGGCAGGGCUGGCACAGGUGUGGAUAACGUGGAUCUGGAGGCUGCAACAAGAAAGGGCAUCCUGGUCAUGAACACCCCCAAUGGAAACAGCCUCAGUGCUGCAGAGCUCACCUGUGGGAUGAUCAUGUGCCUGGCCAGGCAGAUUCCCCAGGCGACAGCUUCCAUGAAGAAUGGGAAGUGGGAACGGAAGAAGUUCAUGGGAACUGAGCUGAAUGGAAAGAUCUUGGGAAUUCUUGGCUUGGGCAGGAUUGGGAGAGAGGUGGCCACUCGGAUGCAGUCCUUUGGGAUGAAGACUAUAGGGUACGACCCCAUCAUUUCUCCAGAAGUCUCAGCCUCCUUCGGUGUCCAGCAGCUGCCCCUGGAGGAGAUCUGGCCUCUCUGUGAUUUUAUCACCGUGCACACACCUCUCCUACCCUCCACGACAGGCUUGCUGAAUGACAGCACCUUCGCCCAGUGCAAGAAGGGCGUGCGUGUGGUGAACUGUGCUCGAGGAGGUAUUGUGGACGAAGGCGCCCUGCUUCGGGCCCUGCAAUCUGGUCAGUGUGCAGGAGCCGCGCUGGACGUAUUUACAGAAGAACCACCUCGGGACCGAGCCUUGGUGGACCACGAGAACGUCAUCAGCUGCCCCCACCUGGGUGCCAGCACCAAGGAGGCCCAGAGCCGCUGUGGGGAGGAGAUUGCUGUCCAGUUUGUGGACAUGGUGAAGGGGAAGUCUCUCACAGGAGUUGUGAAUGCACAGGCUCUUACCAGUGCCUUCUCUCCACACACAAAGCCUUGGAUUGGUCUGGCAGAAGCUCUGGGGACACUGAUGCGAGCCUGGGCUGGCUCCCCCAAAGGGACCAUCCAGGUGGUAACACAGGGAACAUCUCUGAAGAACGCUGGAAACUGCCUAAGCCCUGCAGUCAUUGUCGGCCUCCUGAAAGAAGCUUCCAAGCAGGCGGAUGUGAACUUGGUGAACGCUAAGCUGCUGGUGAAAGAAGCCGGCCUAAAUGUCACCACCUCCCAUAGCACAGCUGCAGCAGGGGAGCAGGGCAGUGGAGAAUGCCUCCUGACCGUGGCCCUGGCCGGCGCUCCAUAUCGAGCUGUGGGCUCUGUCCAGGGCACUACACCUGUGCUGCAGGUGCUCAAUGGUGCAGUUUUCAAACCAGAAGUGCCUCUCCGCCGGGGCCUGCCUCUGCUCAUGUUCCGGGCUCAGCCCUCCAACCCUGCAAUGCUGCCUACCAUGAUUGGCCUCUUGGCAGAGGCAGGUGUGCAGCUGCUGUCCUACCAGACCUCUAUGGCAUCUGAUGGGGAGACCUGGCACGUCAUGGGCAUCUCUUCCCUGCUGCCCAGCCUGGAACCAUGGAAGCAGCAUGUGUCUGAAGCUUUCCAGUUCUACUUCUAACUUUGGUUCUGGCCUCUGGGACUUCUCUGAAGAAAACUACCCACUUUGAACUAUCAGGAGAGGAGAUCCACAUUCCUGGGGCUGACAUUGCUGCAAUCUCUUGACCCCUGCAUGUAGCAAUAACCAUCUAAUAAAGAGCUUCCCCAAGU